AUGGCAAGCCGCGGAGAGCUGCUGUAUCCUGAGGAUGAUCGUCUAUUCCUAGAAGCCUAUCUGCCUGCAGCCGACCGUCAAUCCACAGAUUCAGGCGUGCCUUUUGUUACACUCACCUUCGCAACUUCACUGGAUUCGGCAUUGUCUCUGGCUCCUGGUGUACAGACGGCUUUGUCAGGUCCGCAGUCGAAAGCAAUGACCCACUACCUUCGCUGCAGACAUGAUGCUAUUAUGGUUGGUGUAGGCACUGCAAUUGCAGACAACCCGAGCUUGAAUUGCAGAAUUCAAGGUGUCGGUGGUUAUGGUGGUGAAGGCCUGACUGGCCAGCCUCGGCCUGUUGUCGUUGACCCUCAAGGAAGAUGGCAGCUGACUUCUGAGACCAAGAUCUUGAAUCUUGCUAGACAAGGACGAGGUAAAGCGCCAUGGAUUGUGACCGCAAAGGCACCAGACGCAGAACAUGCCAAGUUGCUGGAAGAGGUUGGAGGAUGUUACAUCGUUCUCGAGUCACAAGCACAAUCCUCUGAGGAGAAAUCAUCAAUUGCUUGGCCCGACAUUCUGCGAACAAUCAAGGAAAGAGGCAUCGGCAGUAUUAUGAUCGAGGGAGGUGGCUUCAUCAUCAACUCGCUAUUGUCGGCAGAAAAUGCAAGCCUGAUCAACUCAGUGAUUGUGACCAUCGCACCUACCUGGCUUGGUCAAGGUGGCGUUGUCGUGUCUCCGCCCAGAAAAGAAGGCAGUAGCCUGCCAGUCGCUCGUCUCCAACACACGAAAUGGCAGCAGCUUGGCGACGACGUGGUUCUCUGUGGCACUUUGAAUGCGUAA